AUGGCGGAACCAUCGAGAAGAACUCCGAUUGCCAGCAGGGCCGAUCCCAUAGUCCUGUUGGACGAUGAUGAUGACGUCGACAUGGUUGCAGCCGCUCCUCAAGCUUCUACACACGCACACAUGCUGUCGCCAUCUGGCUCGCUUACUAAUCUCACUCCUGCUGUUUCGGUCUCGACUUCAUCGAAUGGCAGCGACCACCAUUCCAAUGGUGCUCCUCUCAACGGAAGGGGGAUCAGCAAGGACUUUUCCAGCCUGGAUCAAUACCGCUCCGGCCUUGUCUAUUCUUCGGACAUGAUGUUGCAUUCCAACCCAAUCGACCGCGACCACCCGGAGAAGCCUGUUCGAAUCUGGAUGAUUUUGAGAAAGCUACAGGAGAAAGGCAUCAUAAAGCACAUGAAACGAAUCGAAAUUCGCCAAAUCAAAGAGAAGGAGGUCUUGCUUGUCCACGACAAAGGCAUCUGGAAAGGUGUUGAAAAUUCAGCUCUCUACCACCCAGACAUCUUGAAGGAGCACGUGCCUAUGCUCGAAAAUACAAGCUCGCUUUACAUCAACGAGCACUCUGCUUACGCAGCUCGAUUGUCAUGCGGUGGAGCCGUCGAGCUUUGCGACGCUAUCGCCUCCGGUCGUAUCCGCAAUGGUUUCGCGGUCAUUCGUCCACCAGGUCACCACGCAGAGCCCCACAAAAGUAUGGGCUUCUGCUUCUACAACAACGUUGCCGUAGCUACCAGAUGCUUGCUGCAGAAGUACCCGAACACUAUCCGCAAAGUGCUCAUCCUCGACUGGGAUGUUCAUCACGGCAACGGCACACAGCGCGCUUUUGAGAGCGACGCGGAAGUCCUCUACAUCUCUCUUCAUCGCUAUGACGAGGAUGGUAGCUUUUAUCCCGGUUCAUCUUAUGGCAACUACACGAGUUCCGGUACCGGCCCAGGCGAGGGUAAGUCGGUCAAUGUGCCUUGGCCUUCGAAGGGGAUGGGUGAUGCAGACUAUAUGUACGCCUUUCAUCACCUCGUCAUGCCGAUCGCGCAAGAAUUUGCGCCGGACUUCGUCAUCAUUUCAGCCGGCUUCGAUGCGGCCGAAGGCGACCCGAUCGGCCAGAAUCGUGUUUCGCCAGGUGGCUACGCACAGAUGACGCACGCUCUUACGUCGCUGUGCCAGGGCAAGGUUGCUGUAGUACUCGAAGGUGGCUAUAACCCUGAAGUGGUAGCGGAAAGCUCUCUAGCCGUCACUGAGGUUCUACUCGCAAGGAAAACCCAGGAACCGCAGGAAACGGUUGCCUGCACUCUCGCUGCGCAGACGGUGCAGCAGGUCUGUCGCUUCCACUCCAAAUAUUGGAAGUCUCUCAAGGUGCCGGAUAUUGAUACCGACGAUCUGGACCGUACUUCCGCUAGCGCUCCUCAAACUGUCAAGGUGACCGAACUUCUCGCCGAGUACCGCAACAAGGUGGUUUGCGAAAAGUUCGACCUCUUCGGUGUUCCUCUUUUCAAUACGCCACACGUCGAUUUCGACGGUCAGGUGUUGUGCUCGGAGGGAAUCCUUCACCGUUACGAAACUAUCAUCUUCUUCAUCCACGACAUGGGCAAUCUCCGCUCCGAGAGACCCGAACUAAACAACAGCUUAGGACUCGAAGCACUGCAACUCGCAGAUGCUUCGAGCCUCCUCAUCGGAUACGCCAAAUCGCGAAAUUAUGGCUUGGUAGACAUGAACAUCUUUAAAGAGUUCAGCGCUACCAAACCGAUGCUGCCUGGUCUCAAUAAGGCGGUCGCAGGCUCUACUGCUGACAUACAUAGGGUCUCGGAAGCUCGUUCAGCGGCAGCGUUUGUGUGGGACAAUGUGGUUGCGCUUGCUGGGACGUCUAAGGGGGUGAAGAAUAUUGUCAUGGUUGGAUUCGGUUCUGGAUGUCAUGUCGUGACGUCUCUUCUCGAGCAGAGAGACACAAAACAUGUCAGGGCAGUAGUUAAUGUGGUAGGGUAUGGCGAGAUGCCUAGUCUUUCGCUUCAUGCGGAUUUGGCAAGGAAAAAGUUCUACUACAACAAGUCAAAGGUGCUUGCGCCAGCUGACCACCGUCAUCUACUCGAGCGAGGCGAGGCAGCGCCAUUGAAGAGGUUUGGCAAGAUUCAACCGAUCAACCACACUCGCGCAAUCAACAUCCUGAGCAGCAACGUCGACGAGAUCAAAUCAUUCGUCGAUAAGAAGCUCCGCAUUGCGAGAGCUGCUGCGGACACCAUAUCUUAA